CCAGGUAUCCAAUCUUUUUUAUUUUACCAAAUGUAGCGAGUGCUUCUACGCCUUACCUUUUAAAGUUGCCUUGUAUCUCGGCUAUAUAAACGUUCUACACUCGCGUCUAGUUGUGAACUGAUUAUCAAUCUACAAAUGAAGGUAUGCCCGUUUUAUCUUUUAAUGGUUAACCUAUUUUAGCAUAACUUAUGGUAAUUCUUCUAUCACAUCAGCUCUCGCUUGCUUGCAUUGCCCUUGCUGCAGCAUCUCUUGUCUCGGCCGCAGAGUUUGCUUUUACUGAACCAAAAUUAAACACUACCUAUCAUCCCGGUGAUACUGUUAACAUCCAAUGGCACGACUAUGAUGGAACAAAACCGACUGCUAGUCUCUGGCUGGGAACUGGUCAAAGGGCAUUGCACUGGCAUCCAUACAAAAUCAUAGCAAAUCUUACCGAGCCAUUCCCAACUAGCUAUACCUGGUCCAUUCCAAAGAACUUCAAGAAGCAGCGUUACUACUUGGUUAUUACCAACGAAACACCGUACCAACCUAAAUCUGACUAUUUCUUCGUUGCGUAGUAUACUUUGUCGCUAGUCUUUGAAGUCACAGGCGAAACAUUAUGCUUUACUGCACAUUUGCCCUAUGAAAUUUACUCCCAAAAAAUGGUCAAGUAAUAAAAUGGGCUUUUUGC